AUGGACGUGUAUGUUGUGGAAAUACGCAAGCUCGAGAACAAGUUCUCAAGACUUAAGAUCCAUCAUGUGGUUCGGGACAACAACAUGGGGGCAGAUGUUCUCUCGAAGUUGGGCUCCGAUCGAGCAAACAUCCCACUAGGAGUAUUUGUACACGAGUUACAUCACUCGUCCAUCAAGGCACCAGAUCAAAGCACCAUCGCUCCGGGCCGUUCUGAGCCCGACCGAGAGGUCAUGAUGAUCGAGGUCGACUGGCAGACACCGUUCAUCAAUUUCAUCAACGAUCAGAAGGUACCCCCUGGCGUUGAUGAAAAAAAUGAUGAGGCUACAUGA